AUGGCCAACGACGAGCUGGCCAACAAGCUGAGCUACCGCUUGCAAGUCGAGGAGCACAAUGGUAAAGCCAAGCAGCAGCCGCAGCAGCCCAAGCAGCACCCAGAGGCUGAGCCGGAGCCCGAUCCGAUGGCCUGGGGCAACAGCGCUGAAGGCAAGCUGAGUGCAAAGUUGCAGCGGCGCACCAAGCUCAAUGACCCUGCGCAGCUCUUGCCCAGCGGCAGUGCCCAGCACCACGUCUUCAGCCCCUACACGAGUCCCCAUAUGAUGUGUCUUGUGUGCAACACAUCAUAUGGGGACUUCCAGUGAUGCAAAAUGUUGGACACCACGGCAGCCGGCAGCUCCAGAAGCCAGCCAGACCCACAUACGCUACCAGGCUGGCUCCAGGCUGCUGAGACUGCCGCUGCUGCUGUCACAUUUCCCAGGGACAUUAGAUGAAAUCCGGGGACAUUCCGGGUAUGGAAUUGCUGUCCCCGGGAAACGGGGACAUCUGGUAACCCUACCUUAAGCUGUUAUGUUAUGCAACAUUCUUAAUUUAUUUAUUUUAAAACUCCCCCUUCUCCCUUUAGGUCCAUGCUUUUAAGGCAGCUGACCAUGCACAUUAA